AUGGAAAAUGAAACAAAGAAGACGAGAAAUGUCCGCAUACAAACAAGUCGUGAGAUCAAUCCAUUCAACGAUGAACGGAUAAUUUAUCAACAGUUAGAGCCAAGUAAAAAUAUUCCUGCACAAACUGAACUAACAGCGAUUACAUUUAAUAAUGAACAAAAAAAUUAUCGACAACAUGUACGAAGUAAAAGAAACAAGAUCAAUAAUGAUUUAUCACAUACGUCGGACACAUUAAAUUUGAAUUUGAAUGCAGAAGAAGCACUUCAUCAAAGAGAACAGGAAAUAUUAGAUGAGGAUUUUGAUAACACUGUGGUAGAGAUUCGAACAACCGAAGAAAAUACUACUGUAGAUCAAGAUAUGAAAGCUACAACAGCUAUUACUGAUACUGAACCACAAAUCAGUCCUAUUCUAGGAUACACUGAAGAGCCUCUAUUACCACUUUCUAAAGCGUGUACUCCUCUCAAUGAGAUCCUACAUAAUAUAUCAUUCUAUACUCAAUUAGCAUUGGAUGAAACACCAGAACAACCACCUGAUGGAUUAACAAUUGAUGAGAGCGCUGCAAUUCGCCUUUAUACAAUCGAAUGGGACAAACCACAUCGAAGUCUGUAUUCAAUGCUCAAUUAUCAUCUGAAGAAUAAUGAUCGUCAAGCUCUUCUACCUUAUUUCAAAUAUAUUAAAUUAUUCGUAACUGCUCUUGUCAAAUUACCAUGUAUACCACCAUUAACUGUUUGGCGUGGAGUAACUAAAAAUUUGAGUGUUGAAUUUCCACCUGGUACUGAGAUGACAUGGUGGGCAUUUUCAUCAUGUACUACUGAAAUGACUGUACUUGAAAAUAAUAUGUAUUUGGGUAAUGAAGGUGAUCGAACACUUUUCUCUGUAGAAGUUAUGAAUGGUCGAACAAUCAAAGCUCAUUCACAUUUUGUUACUGAAGAUGAAAUUCUUCUUUUAUCUGGUACUCAUAUGGUAGUACAAUCACAACUCAGUCCAGCAGAUAAUCUAUACAUUAUUCAUUUGAAACAAGUGAUACCCAAAACAACCUCACUUGAACCACCAUUUGAAGGUGCACAUAUUUAUCCCGAAAUUAAACGUCCAUUUUAUCGAAAGAAGAGAUUUAUCAUUCCAUUUUUCUCUUUACUUGCUUUAUUCAUUGCAGGUGUUAUUGUUGCCAUUGUUGUCGGACUAUCAAAAAACACACCAUAUGUAUGUAGUGAUCCAUUUCAACAACAAGGUUCUUUCGUGACUGGAAGAAAUCCAAGUGCUACCGUUCUAGAUCACUUUAGAAAUGCUAUAGAUUUCGAUAUUGCAGUGGCAAAUCUUGCUGAUAGUACUGUUACGAUGUUACUAAGAAAUAAAGAUUAUGUAUUUCAGACUACAAGUGGUAUUACUGGUACACAGCCAGUUUCUAUCGUUUCGGAAGAUUUUAAUAAUGAUGGCAAAUUAGAUUUAGUAACGGCGAAUAGCGAUGAUAAUACUAUAACUAUACUUGUUGGUAUCGGAAAUGGACUUUUUCAAGCUCCAGUCAACUAUACAGUCGGUUCAGGUCCAUCUUAUUUAAUUGCAGCUGAUUUUAACAAUGAUAAAAAAAUGGAUUUAGCAGUCAGCAAUCAGAAUAAUAAUUCCAUUAGCGUAUUGCUAGGAAAUGGAAAUGCGACUUUCCAAACUCAAAUCCAAUAUGCAACUGAUAACUCUCCAGUUAAUUUGGCAACGGGUGAUUUCAAUAAUGAUAAUAUAUUGGAUUUAAUAGUAGUUAGCCAAAAUGACAGGACUAUUAGUAUGUUAGUUGGUAAUGGCAAUGGAAUUUUUCAGGCUGGAAAGAUCCUUGCUUCUGGUACUUCACCAAAUUUUGUUGUUGCAGCUGAUUUGAAUAACGAUAAAAAUUUGGAUUUAAUAAUUUCAAACCAACUUGAAAACAAUAUUGGGGUGCUUCUCAACAACGGGGAUGGAAGCUUCGAUAUAGGAGAUACAUAUUCCACUGCCGACUCCCCAUCGUGCAUGGUAGUAGCUGAUAUUGAUAAUGAUGGUAACUCAGACCUGGUAGUAGUUAACAGUCAGUAUAAUACCAUCCUUAUUUUUUGGGGCAAUGGAAAUGGAACUUUCGGAGUUACUUAUUCGAUUGAUACCGGUAAUGCUCCGAGCUUCGUAAUCGCGAGUGAUAUUAAUAAUGAUAGUAAAUUAGAUCUUACAGUAACCAACAAUGGAGAUAAUACAGUCGGUAUAUAUCGAAGUAUGGGAAAUCGUAACUUUUACGCUCCAGUUACCUUUAAAACUGGCAACUCACCAUUAUGUAUGGUAUCUCAUGAUUUCAAUAACGAUAGUAUAGCAGAUAUAGCAGUUGUCAAUUCAGAUGACAACACUGUUGAUGUGCUACUUGGCGAUACAAUUGAAGCUCCUCGUUAUGUACUAGCCUAUAACACUGGUGAAUUUCCAUAUUCUCUAGUUUCAGCUGAUAUGAAUAACGAUAACAAACAGGAUCUAGUAAUGACUAAUCAACAUGACAACACUCUUGGGAUACUAAUUAAUAAGGGUGACGGAACAUUUCAAACUUCUAAAACUUAUACGAUUGGUCAAAAUCCGAUUGGUGUUAUAGCAGUUGAUUUAAAUAGUGAUAACAGAUCUGAUUUGGUAGUAGCGUAUAUCUACAAUAGCAGCAUCAGUGUACUAUUUAAUAAUGGAAAUAUGACGUUUGGAACUGCCAUGAACUACACAGUUGGUGCAACACCAUCGUUUAUACUAUCAGCUGAUUUUAAUAAUGAUAAAAAGCCAGAUUUAGCAGUGAGCAAUCAAGGAAAUAGUACCGUUAGUGUGUUGCUCAAUAAUGGCAACGGAAUCUUUGGUGCUAAAAUGGACUAUACCACUGGAAGAUCUCCAGUUUCUAUGGCAAUUGGUGAUUUUAAUAAGGAUGGAAAUAUUGAUUUAGCAGUGGUUAAUAGUGGUCAAAACACUGUCAGUAUACUGAUUAAUAACGCCAAGGCAGCUUUUAGCAGUGCAGUGUCUUAUAACGUUGAUAAAGCACCAUCUUCGAUAUCAGCAGCUGAUUUCAAUCGCGAUGGAAAUGUCGAUUUAGUAGUAUCAAAUAGUGGAAGUAAUACUAUUAUUGUGUUAUUUGGUGAUAAAAAUGGAGUUUUUGCAUCUCGAGCAACAUAUAAAACUAAUAGUUAUCCGGACAAUGUGCUGUCAGGCGAUUGGAACAAUGAUGGCAAACCUGAUCUAGUUGUAACAAAUGGCAAAUCCAACAAUGUGAUUGUUUUUCAGAACAUAUGUAAAAAAUAA